CUUUUCGGUCCUGCCAGGAAAUACUCGAAGAUCCUCCGUUACACCCACUUUCACUCCCUCCUUCCCUCCUUCCACAAUGUCCUCGACAUACGAGGAGGAUAAGAGCCUGCUGGAAAAGCUCGAUGAAGUGGUCCCGGCACCUUUGGCACAGUUCGAUGCAUUCCCAAAGCUCCCGUCGUCCUUCAAGUCGCGUUCGGAGUCGAGAGGAUUCAUCACUCUCUUCGUCGGAUUCCUGGCUUUCCUACUGAUGCUGAACGAUAUUGGUGAGUUUAUCUGGGGCUGGCCAGACCACGAGUUCUCUGUCGACAGGGACCCAUCGAGUUUUAUGAACAUCAAUGUGGAUAUGGUCGUGAAUAUGCCUUGUCGGUAUAUAAGCGUCGACCUGCGCGAUGCUAUUGGUGAUAGGCUAUUUCUGAGUGGACAUGGGCUACGAAGGGACGGGACUAAAUUCGAUGUCGGGCAAGCUACGAAACUCAAAGAGCAUUCGGCAGCCCUGUCUGUACACCAAGCCGUUGCUCAGUCGAGAAAUUCGCGUGGUUUCUUCGACACUAUCUUUCGUAGAACACCGACGAAUCUAUUCAAGCCUACGUACAAUUACGAGGCCCACGGUUCGGCGUGUAGAGUAUGGGGGACUUUGGAGGUAAAGCGGGUGACCGCUAAUUUACACAUAACGACUCUGGGACAUGGUUACGCUAGUCAUGAACAUGUUGACCAUAAGCUCAUGAAUCUUUCGCAUGUCAUUAGUGAAUUUUCUUUCGGUCCCCAUUUCCCGGAUAUGACCCAGCCUUUGGACUACUCUUUUGAAGUCACACAAGAUCCCUUUGUCGCAUACCAAUACUUCCUUCACGUCGUGCCGACAACUUACAUCGCACCUCGGGCUAAACCCCUUCAUACGCAUCAAUACAGUGUAACCCACUACACACGCGUCCUGGAACAUAAUCGCGGAACGCCUGGAAUUUUCUUCAAGUUUGACCUCGACCCGAUGAGCUUAACAAUACACCAGCGGACAACUACGUUUGUCCAACUCCUCAUACGAUGUGUUGGAGUUGUUGGCGGUGUCUUUGUAUGCAUGGGCUACGCCAUUCGUGUCACUACGAAAGCUGUCGAAGUCGUAGCUGGUACUGAUGACCCAGGACUCGUCGUAGCAGAGGCUUCUGGCGCCAAAAUUGGCAAGGGACUACGUUCCAAAUGGGGCGGUGGAGAGAUUCGCUCAAGGAGCAAAAUUGUCCGCCAGGGAUCCGGCUGGACCAUGGAAAGUAGUCCUGGUACGCCGAGCUAUGCAACGUUCACCAGUACACCCCCGAUUUCUGCAAACAACUCUCCGUACCUGCCAUCCUCCGCAUUUAGCUCGAACCCGGGCACACCAAGCUUCUCUACGCCGGCUUUUGGACCCAGUUCAUCCAGGCCGUUUGCUAUGCCGCCUCCUCCUGGUAGGGGGAUGUUCACGGCUAAUCUUGGGACAGAGACUGGGAGCCCAUUGAUUAAUUCGACAUCCUUCACACCUCCGUUACCUGGAACACCGACGUAUUCUAUGUUUCCUCCAACGCCUAAUCCCGAAGCAGGCGGAUUUCCUACGAGUGCGCCUCCGAGAAAGGUUAGUAGUGGACCUAAAAAGGAUGAUUGAGGGCUUUGGGUUCUGUAGAGGUUCUGAUUUGCUGUAUUACAGGAAGAUUAAGUUUCUCUACCCUGCAGUUCUGGAUCCAGGGAUCGUACCAGAUCAGAUUGAGACGCAGUGUCCGAAUGCAAGGACUGGGUAUUUUUUGGUAUACUUCUCAAAGAGUUCCAUAUCCAUUUUCGAAUAGGUCCUUGCACUCGUCGCUGUUUCUCAUGUUUCUCCCUAUCCCUGUAAUACUGUAAACAAACAUUUAAUUCUCUCCGCGUUAUG